AUGAUGCCGAAGGAGAGAUCCACGGUCAACGGUGGGCGGACAAAAGGGACGGGGCAGAUGCACGGCGCCAUGACGCUUUUGGUUGCCUGCAUUGCUUGUAACACAGUGGUGGGUAAAAUUGCGCUGUUCAUGUACCCGCCAGGUCUGCUCAAGAGGACUAGCAAAUUCCAUCGAGGGGUGGGACCACCAACCAAGAGCUACCCGUACUACGCCCCCACUUUUUUGGACCUCGCCAGACUUGCACCCCCUAAAUUAAGUAACUACUUUAUUCAUUUAACGAAGGCUAUAGUAGAUAGUAUAUAG